AUGGCUCUUAGCAAUUUCCUCUUUGCUCAGUGCAUCUGCUACUUCCUGGCCUUCCUCUUCAGCUUCAUCGUGGUGGUGCCUCUGUCUGAGAAUGGCAACGACUUCCAUGGCCGAUGCCUGCUCUUCACCGAGGGCAUGUGGCUCAAUGCCAACCUCACCGUGGAGCGGCAGCGCUUCACCGUGCAGGAGUGGGGGCCUGAGGCUGCCUGCCGCUUCAGCAUCUUCACCGGGCUCCUCUCUCUGCUGCUGGCUACAGUGCAGGCCUGGCGGACCCUCUUCUUCCUCUGCAAAGGGCAUGAGGACUCUUUCUUUUAUGCCUUCCUGAAUCUGCUGAUCAGCGCCUUUGUGGUGUUUAUCACAUUUAUUGCUAGCACUAUAGUGAGCGUAGGAUUUAACAUGUGGUGUGAUGCAAUUACUGAAAAAGGAAGCAUGCCAAAUAGCUGUGAAGAAUUACAGGAUAUUGAUCUUGAACUGAACUUAGAAAACUCUGCUUUCUAUGACCAGUUUGCUAUUGCACAGUUUGGUCUGUGGGCUGCCUGGCUGACUUGGCUGGGAAUCACCAUUCUGGCUUUCCUGAAAGUGUAUCACAACUACAGACAAGAGGACCUGCUAGAUAGCCUGAUCCAUGAGAAGGAGUUGUUGUUAGGAAGAUCCUCUUCACGAACCUGUUUCCAGGAUGAGAAAAGUGCCAUGAUCUAAAGCAUAAGCAAAUUUCCAGGGCAGGAUCCAGAAUUUAUUAUUCAGUAGUGCAAGAUGAUGUUGAGUCAGAGUAUUGAGUG